AUGCUAUCAGAGACCAUCACUCCACGACCGAGGCCACCAGGUGGGCGUCGGCCUAGUGGACAGAACGGAGGCAGCGGCUCCUCAACACAAGCAUUGACAAGCACUGCUGAUCUUGCACCAGAGAACCUCUUGCACGUUCCCAAGCACAGCGGUGCGCACUCGGACAAGAGCGACGCGACGAAUGCGCGCAUUCAGCGGGAUCUCGACCUGGACUUGCCGGCCGACUUGACGGCCGCGUUGCGAAGGUCCAGCAAUGCUACUCAGUGGUCGCUUGGCAAGCCUCCUUCCAGCGGCGCAACAGGCGCUCGGUCGCGCGAAGCAGCAAGAGCACCGGUAUCGGAUCCUGAAGGCGACGCAAUCUUUGGCAAGCCAGAAGCCGACUUGAAGAGGAACGGAAGUCUUGGACGCAAGCUUGGGGCAAAGCUCUCCAAGGCUCUGUUGGGAGAUAGAGAUCAAAAGGCGCCUGCUGUGCCGUUUCUGCCACAAUUCGCAUCUGCUGUGCUCGAUGGCGGCACAGACGACGAAACAGGCGCAAAUGUCAAGAUCGGCGCGACAGGAGAUCGUUGGAAGGGCGAUGGAGCGCCUUUCAGCGGCAAGGAACAGAGCGACGACGAUAGCGAGACUGAUAUGGACUCUGAUUGGGUUGGCGGACUACCGCGCGAAGAAUUGGAAAUGCUCUUGAUGCAAGCGAACCAAGUGAUCAAGGAGCGUGAGAGAGAUCUAGGCGUUGCGGCGGCGAUAGGCAAAGCGUUGUUGGAAAAGAACAUCAGUCUGCGCGGCAAGCACGAGGGCCUAUCCACGCGGCUCUCGAGCACCGUUGACCUCUUCGCGUUGGCCCAAGAGUCCGCCGACGAUGAUCGACCCAUGAACUCGCCGCCCACCACCAACGUUUCGAUCGACGAGGACGCUACGCCCAUGCCUACGCCAUCAGCAGAGUACUUUCCUCGCAUGUCCGGACCGCCGUCGGAGCUUCGUUCACCUAGCGUCCAACCACCUACGACUUCACCUCAUCUCGACCGAAGCCCUUCAGCCGCUGCGCUUCGCGCCACUACCUCGCAUUGGAUUCCCGACACUCGCGGACAAAUUCCCUCCGCGCCACCAUCCCCAGCCGAGUCCCGGUCGCGUGGUCAUCGGCAUCACACGCCCUCCAGUGCAUCUGCGACAGCUGCUCAAGCAGCCCUGGCUCACGCCGACGCACAACGUCAGCUCGACCUCUUGAACAACCAGAACGAUCAGCUGUUGACGCAACUGGCUGACCUACAAAAGGAGGCUGAAGAGGCCAAGCGAGCUGGCGGGAAGAGAUUGAGGAAGCUGAACAAGGAGAUUGAUGGGCUCAGAGCGGAGUUGGAUUCGGCUACGAAGCGCAACGUAGAGCUGGAAGGCAGUACAGAAUCGCGAAGCAAUGACAGAACACCAGACACGACUCGCAAAAGCGCCGUAAGACGUUCCCGUGCGGAUCUUGCCGCAAUGCUAGGCAGCCGCGCUUCUUCAUCCAUCUCUCCGGGAUCUCAGAGAACGACCUUGCAGUCUGCGGCCGAUACCUCCGGCUCACGAUCUGAUGGACCUGAGACGCCGGGUCAUUCGAGGUCCUCGUCCGUGGCGAGCUCGCUUGCAGGCGAACUGGGAAAUCUGCCAAGCCAGAGUCCUGGCGAACGAGCGCUUGUAGCACAGUUGCUUUCCAAGAUCAAAGAACUUGAAGAGACGAAUGCAGCCUUGGCAGAGGCGGGCACCGACAUGGAUGGCAGAUUAGGCAAAGCCUUGCAGGAGGGCGAGCGCAUAAGAGAUGCGUACGAAGCCGUCGAAGCUGGCUCUAGCUUUGGCGGUGACGACAGCUUUUCGAGCACCGUGUCGCCUGGGCGAGAUAUGCCUAGAUCUUUGAGUGGCCUCAAUCCAGCGAGCUUGAGUCGACGAGCCGCGGGCAACAGACACAUCAUAGAGGGACGACGCACCAUCAGAGCAGCGCUCAAGAAGGAAGCGGUGCUCAAUCGUAUCAAUCUCGAUGCUAGCGACGGCACCUACGAGCUUCGCCUUCCACGUUCGGGCACCGCCUCCUCGCUUUCCACCUGCACUUCGGCUUCGAGUAGCGCAGCGUCUAGUCCGCGCACCAGCAGACGAGCCAGGCUGACUGUGCAUGGUCUAAUGAAGCCAAAGAUCUUCGUCACACCUAGCAUGGAAGAUCUUGCUGCUAGGAGACAGGAGGAUGCUGAACGUGCCGAGGAGAGGCUACAAGCUGGACGACCCUCGCUAGCCCCCACGCUGCAGUUUCCGGUAUCGAGACCUUUUCCUACUUCUAAACGUGCCCUUCGAAGCGUCUCUUCGGUCGCUAGCAUGGCCGAAUCGGACGUAUCACCUGUCGAAUCGCCCACUCAAAGGCGCGGAGAGAGUGUGCGCGGCCUACCUCGCUCGGAAAGCGGAGCCAGCCAGACGGAGUCGAUGUACCAGGGCGCGAAGCGAACCUUUCCAUCGAGCGCAUCGGAUUUCGGCGAAGGGAGACCAGAAUCUCGAUUGUUUGUGCACUCGCUUGAAAGCGAGCUUGGCAGUGUGCUGGGUGACGCGGACGAGAGAGGGGACUUCAGCCUAAGUGAUGAUCGUUCGACCUUAACACCCUCUCAAGCUUGGGAAGUCGCCAUUCGCACACCUGAGCGCAGAGGUGAAGGUGGUCAGGAUGGGGACAUGCAGCUUUCCGACCUUGGCAACGCACUUCCCAAGCGCCUGUCGCCUGCUGAACGCUACGCUCAUCUGCGACCGACGGCGAGUGUCGGAAGUUUGCGAGGAGCUAUGGCCGCUUCGGAAGCUGCUUCUGACAUUGCUGACCUGCGAUGGUCGGUCAACAGCGCGGCAACAGUGGUGCCUGGACCGUCCGUGCCACGGGCUAUCGAAGGUGCGACUGCCAAGCAGUCAAAAGCGGACCUUGACGACGAUGGCUUCGGAGCGGUGGACCCCUUUGCAGCCACUGAGCUCGAUGCCGAAUUAUUCAGGCAAUUAUCGUCUGCAGGAGAUGGAGAGUGGCCGGCCCCUGGCGACGAUGAUCUCAUACCUCGAGGCGCGCUGCGCGAUCAAGUCAUGACGAAUGUCGAGUCGUACGAUCUUCUGGAGAGAGCCACCAAGCAGAGGCCGGUCCAUUGGGCAGACGAUGACGAUUUCGGUCAAGCCAUCACUGAGCGCGAGGCUAGAAGACUAGGACUCCUGGCCGCUGCUAAGAAGACCAGACGAAGCCUGCUUGGCUGGGUAUCGUCCUCUUCCCCCAAGUCCGGUAGGCAGUCGGCUGGUUCAAGCAAGCGUAAUAGCGCUAUCCUGGCCUCUUCGCCCAUGCACCCAUCGGGCUCACACGGCAGUCUCCUCGAGAUUGAGAGCGCCGACCAGGUCCAGGAGCGAGAAGAGCUCACAGCGUUGCUGAGGCAACGUCGAGUUGACGGUCUGAAAGCUAGGGUUCAGGCUGGGCAAAUUUCGGCUUCGAAAGCCAUCUCGCUUGGCCUGGACCAUGCAGAUGCGACAGAAGCUGAAGAACGAUCUCUGGAAGUCGAAGCGACGAAGCGCGCAUUUGCUCUUUCGCCUGCCAGGCACCGAAGGGCCAGUCGAGCUUAUGCUUCCGCUGCGAGCUCCGCUAGAGAAUCGCCCGCUUCUUCUUCGUCGCUGGUCUCCAUAAAGGGCAAAGGCAAGCUGCCGCUUUGCGACCAUGCCAGCUUCUCACCUGCGCGUCCUCGUCGUAGGGACGUUGGUGGAGGAGGAGGCAAGGAGAAGGAAGCGGAUUGCAAUUCAUCGGACGAACAGUUUGAAAUGCUCGAUUUGGAUCCUCGAAGGAAGGCCAAACCUCCAAAGAGGGGCACGGACUUUUAUCCGGUCGACCUCAAGGCGAGGUACAGGCCUGCUAUGGUCAAGCAGAGGGUGCAGGUGGCUAGCAAUGAUGCGGUGACCUGGGCCACCGCUUGGACCAGCUUCUCCUUGAUGAUCCUCUUUGCCUUUAUCGUUACUUUUGCCGUGAGUUCCCGUGCACGAUCUUGCAGCAGCAGCCCUCCGCUGACCAAAGCGGUGUGCUCAUCCUCGUCAUCGUUCCUCUCCCAUCUCGCAGCGCGGUCCUAAACGAGUUUUGGGCCCGCAACCUCCGAAUGCACGUCGAUGA